GAUCCGGAAGUACUUAGUUAUCCUUGCCUGCUUCACAGCGGUGCAUGUAGCUAUCUACUCAGAACUACACGGAUCAAAUUGUUGCUAGCAUAUUUACCAUUUUCAAAACAUUAUUAGCAUAUUACUUAGACACGAAGUUUAAAUCUUCUGCGGAAGUCAACCGAUCUCUGUUUAGUUUUCGCAAACGUUUGAAAAUGUUGAGCAGUGUUUCUCUCCGGGCUCAGAUCGCUUCCAUCAUAGAGGUACUUUCUAAAGCUGCGGUUUCAGAAAUUAGCAAAGUAGUCGACGAUGGCAUAGUUGUGUUACGUGUGGAAAUGUGUCGACGGGAAAAUGAAAUCAACGUCCUGAAAAAUAAUGUACAACAACUUGACAGCGAGCUUCGAAGAGCUCGAGGGAUUCAACCUCGAAAACGCAUCCAUCAUGGUCGAUCAGUCGCUGCUGAGAAUCUUGGGAGAAAAGGGCCUAGUAAAAAUGGUACCACUUGUGUGAGGAAGACCUCCGUUGAGAAACUGCAGCCUGGGGGAGACGGCAAUGGAAAGGAUGAAGGCGUUGUACCUGCGGAUGAGACUCUGGUCAAGAUUGAGCCGGGAGGGGAGGGUGAACAGGAAGAGCAGACUACAAGGAGAAAAGACGAGGAUCGUCUUGAUGCUGAACUGUCAACGUACGAGAGAGACAGCCAGCCGUGGAUGCCCGGUACACAAGAAGACAAUGAUAUGGAGACAAACUCACUGUGUCUCCCUGAUCACUCUCCUGAACCUUCCGGAAUGACGGCAGCUUCAUGCAGCAGUGUUUCAUUACCAGGGAAACCAUAUUUGGAGUCAGAUGUCAGAGAGGAUAUGAUUUUACAACUCAGACAGCAACAACGUUAUAGGCAGUCAGAAGCGCUCAGGAGAGCAAGCGACGGCACGGUAAAGGCAAACCCAGACCCUCAAUGUGAAUUCGGUUUUGGCCCGAAUUACAAUACGGCAAGGAGAGCGAGGACCAAGAGAUUUUUCCAGGUUAAUAAACACUUCAUUUGCACACUGUGUGGAAAGAGUUUUGAACGUUACAGCCAUCUUGAAAGACAUCUACGAAUUCAUACGGGUGAGAAACCGUAUAGUUGUGACCUAUGUGGAAGGUGUUUCAACCAGAAGGGUAGCCUCAAAGGACAUCUGAAGACUCACAGAGUAUCGAUAGACGGGCUAGCUAACAACGAAGAGAAGCCUCUCCUGGAUAGACGUCAGUCUGAGGAAGAGCGUAGCGAAGUGUUCCAAACUGCUCCUCAGAUGCCCAUGAAGUCUGAGCCAGGGGAGGACAAGGAUGCAUUCCAGACACUAGAUCAUAAAGCAGGAGAACAGUCUGCAGGGAGAGCAGAACAGCAACUGGAUGAUGACUUGUCAACGUACGAGAGAGACGGCCGGCCGUGGAUGUCCAGUUCACAAGCAGACAACGAUAUGGAGACGAGCAAUUCAGAAUAUUUCAUCAGUUCAGGUCAGAACUCCCAGUGUCUCACCGAUCACUCUCCUGUACUUCCUGUCCCAGGAAGGGUGGAGGCGUCAUGUAGCAGUGCUUCAUCUCCAGGGAAACCAUAUGUAGAUGUCAGAGAGGAUAUGAUUUUACAGCUCAGACAGCAACAUUAUGGACCUUCAGACACACUCUUGAUAGCAAGUGACGGUACAGUACAGCCAAACUCGCAGGUCACGGACGGGGCUUCUCUGAACCAUCCUCCCAUCUUCUCCAGUUUUCCGGAAAGGAAAGUGAAAACCUUCCAAGGAGUCACCAAGGACAAGAAGUGCUUCAUCUGCUCAUUCUGUGGGAAGGUUUUUGAGCGUGUUGGUCAUCUGGAAAGGCACCAGCGAAUUCAUACGGGUGAGAAACCGUAUAGUUGUGACAUAUGUGGAAGGUGUUUCAACCAGAAGGGUAGUCUCAAAGGACAUCUGAAGACUCACAGAGACGGCGCUGACAUGCUAACGGGUCUACCUCCGCUAGAUGAUAAAAAGCCUGACGUUUAUCCUAGACCCUCGGAGAACCCAGGGGAACCGAGGGAUUUAUUUGAUCAGCCCUCAUCUGCUGAAGCACAGCCUAGCUCCGGGCACGUUGAGGAGGAGGAGGGCAGGGGGCAGGGGUUGGUGGGGGUUUCAGAGAAAGAGAAGCAGUUUGAAUCCCAGAUACUCAGUCAGUCAGGACCUCAACACCAACAAAGCACAGAGCGACCAGAUUACCAGGACGACCCAGAGUAUGUCAUGGAUGAGAGGGAGAGUCAGCUGUGUAGAUCUUUCACAGAGAGGCACAGUGAUAUGGAGUCUGGAUCACUAAAUCCAGGUUGCUCCUCCGAUGCGACAAAGCAGCAGAACUCCCAUCCUGUUUCACCCAGUGUCAAAUACCAUCACAGUUCUUUUGAUGGACUGCACCACCACCACGGGUUCUAUACGUCAGCUUCUAGAGAGGUGGAACUUGAAGGCUUGUCUUUUCAGGAUGAGAAAGACAAGCUGGGUGUGAUUGAGCAAGAGCAGUAUGCAGGGGUGGUUCUACAUGCAAGGAACAGGGAGGAUGGUGAUGGAACAGUACUACCCAGGUUUCAGGACCGGGUACCACCGUCACCACUACCUGUAGAGGAGGAAACUGCAAUGAGAGCGUACAUCACAGAACCAAACUACAGUCAAGAGGGGAUUUUAUUUGCCCUUGGCAUAGACAGUUUUGACAGUACAGAGGGAACCAGUGCCACUACAGACGACACAAGAAAUAGAUGUUUCAUAUGCUCCUUUUGUGGAAAGAGUUUUGAUCGCCAUAGUCAUUUUGAAAGACACCUGCACACUCACACUGGUGAGAAACCCUACUGCUGUGAGAUAUGUGGUAAGAGUUUCACUCAGAAGAGCAGCCUGAAAGCUCAUCAGAGACUUCAUACAGGUUAAUCAAGGGCCAAAGCGUAUUUGUUUGCAUUUCAAAUGGCACCCUAUUCCCUAUACAGUUGCAAGAAACAGUAUGUGAACCCUUUGGAAUUACCUGGAUUAGGGUCAUAAAAUGUUAUCUGAUCUUCAUCUAAAUCACAACAAUAGACACACAGUCUGCUUACACUAAUAAUACACAAAUUAUUGUAUUUUUCUUUUGGAAAAAGUAUGUGAACCCUGAGGAUAAUGACUUUUCCAAAAGCUAAUUGGAGUCAGGAGUCAGCUAACCUGGAG